AUGCGAUUAUUGUCAGCAAAAGACUUUUACGAAAAUGAGGGUUUGAGUGCUUUACUGUUCAAGUAUGGAAUAAGUAAUAAAGGAGGUUAUCAUCCAGACCUAGAUAUGACUAUUGCUUACCAUGACAUCUGUGCAAAGUCUGAUGACGUAGAAAGUUUAUGUUUCGUCUUCUGCUAUUCCAAGCAAACAGUGGGAAAAAUCAAGGAUGUUUCAAGCAAAUAUGAGCAGGACAACGCUCUUUACAAAUCUGAACCGUCUCCUGAUAGUCGGGAUAUUGACAGUGAAGACGAAACUACUACUACCGAUUCAAAUAAUGGGUCCACUGUGCAAGAUGUUGUCCCACGUCUAAUCAGACUGAACGGAAAAUUACGAUCUGUGUAUCUUCGAGGCGACAUGAUUUUGAGCGCAGCAUUACGUCGAAGCCUGGGUUUGGAAUCCUCUACGGACAGUCAUGUGCGUACGAAGCGCUGGGCAUAUAAAGACAUUUUCUACCCAGAUACGAUUUGGACCGAUGGAGUACCUUAUGCUUUCGACACGGAGCUCUCACCCCUCGCAAUCACCAGCUUGAAAAAUGCAAUCGCAUUUUGGCAAUCGAACACUUGUGUGACUUUUCGGGAACGGGACAAUGAGACUCAGUAUAUCUUGUUCACAGGAGAAAAUGAAGGGUGUUUUUCCUCGGUAGGCAGAGACACUGAGCAACCGGAGCAACCUAACUUGAGAAGAGUGUUGAUAGUCAUAGUUUUUCAGUUCGGCGUAACUACACACGAAAUCGGACACGCGCUUGGUCUCUUCCACCAUCAACAACGGUAUGAUCGCGAUGAUUACAUAGCUUUCAUCCAGGAAAACGUCCCAAGGAAUUAUUUGCGUAAUUUCGUCAAGAUUCCUGAAAGGUUUUUGAGCACCUAUGGGCUUCCUUACGAUGUUGGCAGCAUCAUGCAUUACACCCCAACAGAAUUUGCACCGGAUCCAUAUCUUCCCGGUCUCGUCACUAUAGACCCAAAUAUGCAGGGUACCAUGGGAGCACUCGACGGACCAUCCUUUCUUGAUGUUGAAAUCAUUAAUAGGCACUAUCAGUGUGACCGACUAUGCAAUUCAACCGACUCCAAGCCGACCUGCUUGAAUGGAGGUUAUGUUGACCCUUUGAACUGCACUGUUUGCAAAUGUCCUACUGGAUUUGCGGGAGAUUUUUGUCAGCUGAUCGAACCAUCUGGAACUUUGAAGUGCGGCGGGCUUAUUCCAACUACAUCAAGAUUGACCCGGAUGAAGAUUACUAUAUCUGCUAGUGGUCCAGGGAGGAAGAAAUGUGUUUAUCAUAUUCGGUCUCCUCCUAAUCGUCGUGUUAUGAUCGGUCUGCAAGAAAUCCGAGGAGUUUGCCAAGAGGGAUGCUAUAAUACAGCUGUUGAAAUGAAGAUGAUUGGUGAUUUUCGGCCUGUGGGCUAUAGGUUCUGCUGCGAUUCACAUUCAUUCCGUCGUAUGUUGUCCAGGGGAAGAAAUGUUCCGAUCACAUUCUUUGCACGAAAUUCAACUCUGGAAGUCAUUCUUUACUUUCGAUGGGUUGUGCUAACACCAGAUGCUGAAGAUGCGAGGUACCUCAAUGCAACACAGCUAGCGGAAGUCUAUCAGCAAAGCGACGCAGACAACGGAGUGGAUAUGCAGCUUCUACAAUUACCCUAUGAACCAGCCAUUGGAGGAAAAAUUAUACGCAACACAAGCGAUCCGAGAAUUUUGAAGAAGAAGAAUACGAGAGUAGCCUAUGAUGAUCCAAAAAUUAUCGGCGCAUAUGGAAGCAAUGGCGAAAGCUACGAAGAUUUCUCUAUUUACAGUUGA